AUGGCUGACGGCGCCCGACUCAAUCACGAUGUCCUACUGCAAAUUCUGUCCUUCGCCGAUCGGUACACUCUCUGCGUGCUCAUGCGGACCUGCGGCUUCUUCAAUCACCACGGACCAAAAUACAUCCUGCAAACCGGUGUUUCCCUAAGCACGGAACUCGCGAGGGACAUCGCGUCCUUCAUGCGCUUCAUCGAGUCGCGCGACACACUCUACCGCCUCUCCCACAUCCACACCUUGACGGUGUCGGCAGAGAAGACAUACUAUCAGGGGCCAGAUGCAGCCACGAACGCGGCCCGAUCCGGGAAGCUUCUCAACACACUGUUCCUCUUGCUUGCUCGUGCCGACAAUCUUCGCGUUUUGGUUCUCGAGGAGACCGAGGGCGUUCUAGGGUUGCGCCCGGAUCUCGCUGACUCCAUCGCUAUGUUGGGGUGCCUCACGACACUGCGUGCGACUACUCUCGGACGGCGCGGCGUGAAAAUGCUCAAGGUAUUGCGGUCCACCCUCACCCAUGCGGACCUCACCAUGGACUUUGACGAGACUGAGAAGGACACGAGGGAUCAUAACCUCAAUGAGGAAGGAAGCUCCGACGACGAAGACACCAUGCCUACACACCUUCUCCACGGCUCUCAGAAGUCUCUGCGUGAGCUGUCGAUAUCGUGUGCGAACGGGACGCAGCAAGGACCCCGUUACCCAUGCAUGGCUCGCCUUCAUGUGCGAUGCAUUGACAAACCCCACACAAGCCAUUACGUCCACCCAUUCCCAAACCUGCAGCACUUCUCCACCUCAGACUGCAACUUGAGCCUCGUCGAUUCGCUCCCCGUGGACCAAUUCGAACGCCUUCGGCGCACGAACCAGCGUGAGCAGAGACUACAUGGUACAUGGUCCUCUCUGCGGAGCUUCUACGGUCCGGUCUCCACUCUCUAUCUUCUUAGCCCCUCAUGUCACAUCCGGUCGCUGAAGGUCGACGAUAGAGACGUGCGAAAAGAAUCCUCGUAUCCUUCUAAGACCCACAUGCUACGCUCUGUUCUGGACGCUUGCCCGCAGCACCUGCACCUCAACUGGACGGGUGGCCGUUACCUCCUCGAUGACGACUUCUUGUCCAUCUGGAACCGACCGGUUCUGAGCUCCCUCGCCCACCUCCAUCUUAGCGUAACGCUCGUGUCAGGCGAAGACGAUGACAACAACAUGGACCUAGUGCGCACUAUGGACAACGUUGUCUCCCGCAUCGUGGCACCGCUUGCUUCCCUUCGUUCGUUUUGGCUCACCCUACGCUGCUCCCCCAUGAUUCCGUCCCCCUUCGAAUUGCUCUACAACAGGGACUCCAGGUACCCGCUUGUCCCCGUCGAGCGAGCGCUGGCAGAAUGGGACGUGGACGCCUUCGCGCAUCGCGUGCGCGCAGCCGGCGCCCCUGGGCCCCUCCAGUCCGUCAUUCUCCACAUGUCGGGACACCGGGCGCGGGACGAGCAGAUCAUCCGAGUCGGGCCUGUGUACGAACCUGACGACGCUUCUAGUGAUGACGGGGACUUCAUAGCCGAGGAGGCACGAGAGAUGAUAGAAUUCAGUAUUGAAAACCUUCGCGCUCUGGGGUAA